AUGGAUCAUCUACCAACCGCAAUCCCCCGGGGGUCUUGGGUCCUUGUCGUCGCAGCUGGCGGCUACACGGGCUGCCAUGUUGUCAUCGAGCUUCUGGAACGCGGCUUCAACGUCCGCGGUUCAGUGCGCGAGUUGGAAGAUGGUCAAUGGCUUCUGGAGGACCCAGCCAUAAAGCCCUUUGCCGAUCAGAGCCGGUUCGAGCUCGUGGUCGCCGACCCUUUGAAGCCCAAUGCUUUCGACGAUGCAGUCCAGGGAGUCUCAGCUGUCAUCCACAUCGGAGUCUUCAGCGACUUCUUUCCAGAUCCCAACACUUCUAUCCCGAUUGCAGUCGAGUCAGCUUUGACUGUCUGUCGAUCCGCCGCCAAAGAGCCGUCGAUCAAGCGGUUUGUGUUUACUACAACCUUCUGGACGGCCGCGGUGCCUGUACCCGGUGAUACAUCGACAAUCAGCAUGGACACCUGGAAUGACGAGAUCCUCAAGGCAGCCUGGGCGCCGCCGCCGUAUGAGCUCAGCCGCGUGCUGGAAGUCUACUUUGCUGGCAAAACAGAAGCUGAGAAGGCCGUCUGGAAGUUUGCAGCAGAGAAUGAGGUGCCCUGGGAACUCAACUCGGUUAGUCCCUGCUGGAUCUUGGGCGACCUACGACACGUCAACAAUGUCCGUUCCGUCCCCCUGCAGUUGAUGGAGCAAUUUUUUCAGGGCAAGGUGGACGGCUUAACGGAUACUCCAGCGGUGUAUUACUCGCACGUCAUCGACAAUGCAAUCGUCCACGUUGCUGCAGCAAUUGACCCUGACGUUAAAGGCUCGCGGAUCCAGGUAAAGGCUAACUCGUUCACUUUGAAUGACGCCCUGGCAAUUAUGCGCGAAGCCUACCCGAGCGACGACUUUGUAGAGGAUUUCAUCGUCGGGAACCCUAAAUUGGAAUAUCACAUUGAAAACGAUAUUGCUCCGUCGCUGAUCCAGAAAUGGGCCGGGAGGGGCUGGCUUGAUUUGAAGCAGGGCGUUAUUGAGACUCUUCAAUUUAUGAGGAAGGCCGGGUUAGUUGAUUGA